GCUCCAAGCAUGAUGGGAUCGGUGAAAUCAACUGGACUGCUCGUUCUCUUGUCUUUUUUUUAUAUCACCAACUCUUACCCAAAUAGUGACAUGUCUAACAGGGGCUGCGCUGAAUGUACACUGAGAAAGAACAGCCUUUUCUCAAUUGAUCGGCCAAUUUAUCAGUGCGUGGGCUGCUGCUUCUCUAGAGCAUACCCUACACCUCUAAAAUCCAAGAAGGCAAUGUCAAUCCCAAAGAACAUCACUUCAGAGGCAUCAUGCUGUGUUGCAAAGCACAGCUAUGAGAUGGAGGUUGCAGGCAUAAGAGUGAGGAACCAUACAGACUGUCACUGCAACACCUGUCACUUUCAUUGGCAAUAA